GCCCACAACAGAAAAAAAAAAAAGUUUCCUUUAAGACCUUUUCUGGGCAACUCCCAGCAGCCACUUCUGCAGGCGGUGUGAAAGAAGAGGUGGUGCAUUGCAUGUGGUUCAGCACACCGAGGACCGCUUCAGCUCUGGUGUGAGGACGAACAUGGAUCUGGUUUCUCCUCCAGUCGGUAACAGCAGCAAUGCUUCUGCUUCUUGUCUGACGGAGGACAAACACGUUGCCAUCGCCGUCUUACUGUGUCUGGUCGUCUUCGUGGGAUUUUUACUCAACAUCUUCAGCUUGUGGGUCUUCUGCUGCCGGAUUCCCUGCUGGACCUCUGGAACCACACUGCAGUUCCACCUGGCCCUAAACGACACCAUCAUGACCCCCGUCACCCCCCUGAUAGCGGCGUACUUCGUCCUGGGGAACAACUGGCCCUUUGGUCGCUUUUUAUGUCAGGUCAAGAUCGGCCUGCUGAGUUCACAUUUCUACGGCAGCACCAUGUUCCUGACCCUCAUCAGCAUCCAUCGCUACGUGGCCGUGGUGCACUUCAACAGGAGCUCCUGCUUCAAGCGGAAGGUCUUCGUACGGAGGCUGUGUGCAGCGGUUUGGUCCGUGCUGCUGGUCCAGGCUGUGGUCCACGCGGCAAUGCUUCCCUCCAGCAAAGAGGGCGGCAGCAACCAGUGCCUCACCAUCCACCAGAGGAACCUGACAGAUUCCUACUUCAUCAUAAACUUCAUCCGGUUUAUCUUCGGGUUUCUGCUUCCUUUCUGCGUGUCCGCGGCGUGCUACGGACGCGUGGCGAGCACGCUGACCCGCCUCAACAUCAGCUCCUCCAAAGGUCUGAAAGUCAAGCUGAAAUCUCAGAGGAUGAUCGGCGUGUGUCUGGUGAUAUUCGGUCUGUGCUUCCUGCCCAUGAACGUGGCGCGAACAGUGGGGGUCAUACUGAAGAAAUACUACCCGCGGCGCUGCCAUGCCCUGCAGCAGAUCGAGACGGCGUACUACGCCUCCUGGAUUUUAGCAGGAAUCAACUGCUGCCUGGAUCCUCUCUUAUACUUUUUUGGUUCACAGAAUUUUCGAGAUGCAUUCCAGUCUCUGAGGAUGGGACAGGAAGAAGCUCCAAACAGGAGCGAAUCAGAAAUGACGACCAACCAGUAACCUGGA